CUUUGUAGAAAGAUCAUAAAAGUAUACUAAAUAUUUUGUUUUUAUUAUACAGCUAUCAAAGCUGUGUAUAAUUAUUUUUAUGACGUUUCAUGUAAAUGAAUUGGAAAUACCCUUCACCGGUUUUGCACGCAUUAGUCACACAAAGUAAAACAUAAAGCUAAAGUUAGACCCUAUUACACAUAAGCAUAUGUAUGUAUGUUGGAUAUGCAUGCAAACAUUCAAGUGCUUAAACACUAAAUUGAGAUAAUAAUGCAACAAGUGUUUUUCGUUUUAAAUACAUAAAUAGCUACGUAUUAUUUACGCGCAACGCUAUUAUAUAAAUUAUACAAUUUUAUUCGUGAUUUCAUGCAUUUAUGAAAAAAUAAAUAUAUUGUAAUAUAUGCGUUCAUAUAAAAAUUCUUUUUGUACAUAACCAUUUAUAAGUUGUGCUAAAAAGAUUCCACGUAUUUUUCUCUCUGACGUACAUCUCAACGCAUCCUAUUGCAUUGCCUCAACAACCUCUUGCGUGUUUUGUGCGCGUUUGGCAUUCCAUCACAAACACCUAUCACGCAUAGGAGUUUAUUAACGCGCCGGGGUGGCAGCAUUUUAUCAUCCCAGUUAUUGGUGCAGCAACAACAGCGCUAUUAUACCAAUAGUAAACUUCUGACCACCUAUCUUAGUGAGCUAAACAAUUCGACAUUUCGACGAGCGAAUUCUGCGAGCGAUAACUACCAUUGCCACUUUAGGUCAGCACAAAAGCGAAGGUUUUACCACGAAAAAACGAAACCGCAACCACAACAACAUACAGUGCGUACAAAUUUUUUAUUAGUCAGCAGAAAAUCAGUAGCUAUGGGUUCGGCAAAUUGUAAGGAAUAUUCGACUACAACGUCCAAAGACGACGCGAAUGCAUCAGCCAAGCAUCAGGAUGGUACAUAUCAGUCUACAUCCGAAUGCGACAUGUCGGAAUAUACCAACGCUGUCGAAGUCUGCAACAUUGACGAUCUGCAAGAAAAUGAAAUGAAGCAAUUUAAUUUCGAUGUGGACACAAAAGUGUUGGUGGUGAAGCAAGGAGGUCAGAUAAAAGCUGUCGGCAAUAAGUGUACGCAUUAUGGCGCACCAUUGCACACUGGCGCCUUGGGUCAGGGUCGUGUGCGUUGUCCUUGGCAUGGCGCCGCUUUCUGUUUGCGUACCGGUGACAUCGAAGAUUUCCCUGGCCUGGACUCGCUGCCCUGUUUUAUGGUGCGUGUCGAAGAUGAUGGCAAAGUAAAAUUGCGUGCCAAACGCACAGAUUUGGAGAAAAAUAAACGCUUGAAAGAUAUGGUGAAACGCGAUAUGUCGAAUAAGCAAUGUGUCGUUGUUAUUGGAGGCGGUCCAUCAGCUGCCGUGUGUGUGGAAACGUUGCGCCAAGAGGGCUUUACAGGUCGUAUUGUCAUGCUUUGCCGCGAACAAAUCUUGCCUUACGAUCGUAUCAAAGUUUCCAAGUCCAUGGACAUUGCGCUGGAUAUGAUACAAUACCGCGAUGCCGACUUCUAUGCUCAAUAUGGCAUUGAGGCUAUGCUUGGGGUCGAGGCGACCAGAGUUAAUACGAUUGACAAGAAAGUUGUUUGCUCGGAUGGGAAUGAAAUCAAAUAUGAUCAACUCUUUAUAGCUACUGGCUUGAGCGCCAGGAGGCCGCCAACACAAGGAAAUAAUCUGAAAAACGUGUUCACUUUGCGCAACUACGCAGAUGCUCGAGUAAUAUUGAAUGCAAUUACACCGGAGACAAAUCUGGUAUGCGUGGGAGGAAGCUUUAUUGCAAUGGAGGUGGCUGCAGCAUUGGUCAACAAAGUUAAAUCGGUAACUAUAAUAUACUCAGGCGAGUAUCCUUUUGCUCUUUUCGGCAAAGCGGUUGGUGAACUUUUUCAUCGUUUGUAUAGUGAGAAAGGAAUUAUAAUGAAAGGUCACAGCCGACUCUCGGCGUUGCAUGGAAAUGCCGAGGGUGCCGUUACUGAAUUGGAAGUUGCUGGCGGUAACAAAUUAGCCUGUGAUGUUGUUGUAUUGGGUACUGGUUCAACAUAUAACACAGAUUUCUUGGAAGGCUCAGGCAUCAACAUUAACGCCGACGGCUCCAUCGACACUGACAUGCAUCUAAUGACAAAUGUGGUGGAUGUUUAUGUAGGCGGUGACAUUGCGAAUGCUCCCAUAUUGGCCAAUGCAAAUCAACGGGGCUCUGUUGGUCACAUUCAGUUGGCGCAAUAUCAUGGUCGUAUUGCUGCUCUCAAUAUGACGGGUACAAUUGAGGAUUUGCGAGCGGUACCAUUUUUCUUCACGAUGAUUUUCGGUAAAGGUAUACGAUAUGCUGGGCAUGGUCGUUUUUCGGAUGUGUUGAUCAAGGGUGAUUUGAAUAAUUUUAAAUUCGUUGUGUACUAUCUGGAUACUCAGGGAAAUGUAGUAUCGGUAUUGACAAUUGGCCACGAUCCGGUCGUAUCACAAUUUGCAGAAUUACUUACUCAAGGCAAGCGUUUGCAUCGCACGCAUAUAGAGAAUGCAGCGGAUCAUUUGGAGUGGACGAAUAUGUUGAAAGAGAAGAAGUCGCGAGCGGUCUGUGACUGCUGAAGUGCAUUUGAAUUAAUUGUGUAGUUUAUUGUUUCUCAUUGGUAUUUAUUAGAUAAAAUCGCAAAGAAUUUGCUAACGAAGUAUUGAAAUAAACGGAAAUAAAAAUAUA